AUGACAAAGACUGUAAUGGUAAGGUGUUACCUGUUCUGUUUAUUAACUCUUGCACUCUGUUGUGCUUCUGGGUUAGUAUGGGCUGAUAGUCCUAAAGCUUCUGAUGCCCUUAUUAAACCUUCUACUGUUGGUGUUCCUUCUCUUGUUCGUCGUGCUAUUGCUGCGUUUGUUCUCUAUUCUGAGGAUGAUAAGUGUCAUUUUGGGAAUCGUGAUGGGCAGGAUGAAGAGGUCGAUGUUGCUGUUCAGCCUCCAGAUAUUGCUAGUGAUGCUUGCACUUCCGGUACCAAUGAAAGAAAUUGUCCUUCUUUAGUUCGAGCUUCUUCUUCUCGUUCUGUCACUGAAGAUACUGCUCCUGGUCCUGUCAAUCUUCAGGGUGGCAAAUCACAACAACAAUCUCAUUCUUCUGAACAUCCUCUUCAGGACACUACAGAAGUUGUCACUUGCAUUCCUACUUCUUCUCUCUCUUGUCCUUCUACACCGCCAAAAACGACAGCCCCAUCUGUACUGAAAGGACCUGAUCCAAAUGGUCCUUCUGUUUCUGAGGAAGCACAUUCUGUUGAGGACAAACCCGGUACUCCAGCUAUUGGUGAUGCUGCCUCAACCACUUCUGUGAAGGAAGACCGUCAAGGUAAGAAUGGUGAUGCUCGUGAAGCCGAUGUAGCUAUUGCUGCUCCUGCACCUGAAGUAGCUGCAGGUACAACUGAAGGCAGGGACAACAGUGCAGCAAGUGGGAGUACGGAUGAAGCGAAAGUUGCAGGAGCACAACCCAGUUCUCCUUCUCGUAACAAUUCACUCUCAGGAAGUGAUGGAGGUUCUGCUGCUGUAAAUACUGAGAACGGCACUACACCUGCAGAAAGUGCUUCACCAAGUGACCAAGCAGAUAAUGUGGGAAAUACAGACACCACCACCAAAACCACCACCACCACCACAACAACAACAACAACAACAACACUUCCUCCUGAGACUGCAAACAACAUGAAGGGUGAUACAGACCGCAGCAGCAGUAUCAGCAGUUCUGUGUGGGUGCGUAUGCCACUACUGAUUGUGGUUACACUGGCCUGUAUUCUUGUGUGCUGA